AUGGCUGAAAGAGGAGUUCAGAUGGACCAAGAGAAAUUCUCCUGCUCUAUUUGUUUGGAUUUACUGAAGGAACCGGUGACUAUUCCCUGUGGACACAGCUACUGUGUGAACUGUAUUACAGAACACUGGGAUGCAGGAAUUCAAAGAGAAGUCUACAGCUGUCCUCAGUGCAGGAAAGAGUUUAAUCCAAGGCCUGUGCUGGAGAAAAGCAUUGUAUUAACUGGUUUUCUGGAGGAUCUGGAGAAAACUGAACUCAAAGCUGCUCCAGCUGAUCUCUGCUAUGCUGGACCUGAAGAUGUGGCCUGUGACGUCUGCACUGAGAGGAAGAGGAAAGCUGUCAAGUCCUGUUUGUUCUGCCCUGCUUCCUACUGCAGGGAUCACCUCCAACCUCACUAUGAUGCUCCACCAUUGAAGAAGCACAAGCUUGUGAACCCCUCCAAGAACCUCCAGCAGUACAUCUGCUCUCGUCAUGUUGAGGUGAUGAAGAUCUUCUGUCGUACUGAUCAGCAGUGUAUCUGUUAUCUCUGCACUAUGGAUGAACAUAAAGGCCAUGAAACAGUCCCAGCUGCAGCAGAAAGGGCUGAGAAGCAGAAGGAGGUCCAGGUGAGACGACAACAAAUCCAGCAGAGGAUCCAGGACCAAGAGAAAGAUGUGAAGCUGCUUCAACAGGAGGUGGAGGCCAUCAAUGUCUCUGCUGAUAAAGCAGUGGAGGACAGUGAGAAGAUCUUCAAUGAGCUGAUCCGUCUCAUCCAGAAAAGAAGCUCUGAUGUGAAGCAGCAGAUCAGAUCCCAGCAGGAAACUGAAGUGAGUCGAGUCAAAGAGCUUCAGGAGAAGCUGGAGCAGGAGAUCACUGAGCUGAAGAGGAAAGACGCUGAGCUGGAGCAGCUCUCAGUCACAGAGGAUCACAGCCAGUUUCUCCUCAACUACCCCUCACUGUCAGCACUCAGUGAGUCUACACACUCAUCCAGCAUCAAUGUUCGUCCUCUGAGAUACUUUGAGGAUGUGACAGCAGCUGUGUCAGAGCUCAGAGAGAAACUAAAGAACAUCCUGAGAGACACAGGGACAAACAUCGCUGUGAAGGUCACUGAAGUGGAUGUUUUACCGUCAGAACCAGAACCAAAGACCAGAAAUGGAUUCUUAAAAUAUUUAAGUGAUAUUACUCUGGAUCCAGACACAGCAAACAGGAAACUUUUAUUAUCUGACGGGAACAGAAAAGUAAUAAGAAAGAAACAAGAACAGUCUUAUUCUGAUCAUCCUGACAGAUUUACUGACUGGCCUCAGGUCCUAAGUAGAGAGAGUCUGACUGGACGUUGUUACUGGGAAGUUGAGAGGAGAGGAGAAGUUGAUGUAGCAGUUUCAUACAAGAACAUCAGCAGAACAGGACAGUCAGAUGAAAGUUUGUUUGGAGCAAAUGACAAGUCUUGGUCAUUGUAUUGUGACACAGACAGUUAUGAAUCUUGGUACAACAGCAUUCAAACUCCAGUAUCAGGUCCAGUUUCCUCCAGAAUAGGAGUGUACCUGGAUCACAGAGCAGGUAUUCUGUCUUUCUACAGCGUCUCUGAAACCAUGACUCUCCUCCACAGAGUCCAGACCACAUUCACUCAGCCUCUACAUGCUGGACUUUGGCUUUCAGAUGAUGGAGACCUUGCUGAGUUUAACCUGAAAUAGUCAGAACUGAUCUGAUAUCCACUUGGUUAAAUUGUGUAUUUUAAUUUCAGUUAAUUUAGUCUCCAUCAUUGUUGCUGUAAGCUAAUGGUUAUGUCAUUUGUUCACAGCUCAGCUGUCUUCAUGGAGCACCUUUGUCAUCUUGUUUGUUGUUUUGUAGAUAAACUAGUCAUAUUUACAUCUGAAUGAUCAUAGUGGGCAUUACGUCUAUGAAGCUAUUAUAAGUCCUUACGAUAGCAUUUACAUUUGUUUUGUCAGACCAAAUAGUGUUGUUCAAAUCCAUGUACAGAUGAAUUGAUGGAAACUGCAAUGAUCACAAUCACCAUCAAUCAGGACAUCAGUCAUUAUUUUUAUUGGACUAAA